CUUCAAAGCACGGGCUAAGAUCAAACAACCAUGCUGUCUCUGUGUGUUAACUGGAGCUUCCAUUGACUGCGACGGUAGCCAAUGUACACAUGAGCUUCGCAACACAAAUGGUGGUUUUGCAAGUAGCCCUACGUGGUAGAGAAUUGUCAUCAUUUUGUGUUUGACUUUACGCUAUUUGUAUCUCUGCCUUUUGGUCACCGUUUCAUAAUGUUAGGUACUGUCUGGAUUACAUACUACGCGUGCUCAUCGUUUAGCCCUAUGACACGUCUUUCACUCUGUAAGGUUUCACAACAUAUCCUUUAAUUGUCUCGGACCGGUUUCCCUGUGAGAAUUAUUCAAGCUUUCGAGAAAGAAAGUCAGCUUCUUUUGUUUUUCGUCGAGGGUUGGGAGUUUUACAUCUACUAAAUCGGUCUUGAAGUUUGUAGUGGAGGCAGGAUGAGUUGCUUAGACGUUAUGUAUCAGAGUGCUUACCAGCCGUAUCAACAUUAUCCUUUCUACCAGCGUCACUUUACGCAGAAGUACGGCCACUAUAAGAUGCAAGAGCCUCCAGACCAUGAGGCAAGCAGCUACACCCCGCAUACUCAAUCCGUCGCCCCGUCGACAUCAACAUCUCCAGGUGGGCAUUCAACGCUCUACCACCCACAUCAACAUCACCACCACAACAGCCAUAACUCAUCCCCGGUCAAUGGCGUCUCUCACCCCCAUCAACUUAGCGUGAAGGAAGAGGACAAGUCUACCGGCAGUGACGCGGAGUGCACGGUAGAGGCCGAGUACAUCAACUCGCGCUGCGUGCUGUUCACGUACUACACUGGUGAACUGAACAAAGUGGUAGAUGAACAUUUCAAUCGAGCCCUGAAUCAACCCAGUAGUUUCUCCUCCGAUGGGAGGGUGGGGGUGAGCAGUGGGGAAGGCAAAGGGGGUCAACAGGGUAUACCGAGUGAGGGGAACACGUGGAAUAGCAAAAAUGGAGACACGGUAGUGUCGCCAAUGUGUCAACGCAACCUCCCAGCCUCGUUUUGGAACAGUAACUACAACCACAACAAGUACACUCACCACCACCACCACCACUCUCACCACAGUACCCCAAGUAGCUGCCAGGGGUCAGCCACAAACUCCACUCACCACGAUGCCCUGUUCCCGGACCCGUACCCAUCAUCACUCCAUCGGUCGGUCCACCAGCCCGACCCCUGGCACUACCCGUUUGUCUCUCAGAGUUCAUACACCCAUCGGUCUAGCAUUCAUGAUUUGACCUAUGGAAUGAGUAUGAGUACCGGGGGUAGCGCGUUCAACCCCAGGUAUAGCUCCUUGCUCAUCCAGCCCCCGGUCCGACCGGGACGGUUACCUGCAAUGCCCGGCCAGUGUGACUUCACUAAGGGGGGAGAAGGGUGGCCCAGUACUUACCCACACGGCCACACACAACAAAUUGCGUCUGAGAUUCCUUCUUAUAGCAUGGACUCAGCUUCAACGUCAGCACUGGAAUCUCAAGAUACAAGCAAGGACCUCUACUGGUUUUGAAAAUUGGUCAAGGAUGUCAACUGUGAGGAAGACCUUUAAUACAAUUCGAAGAUGUUCUGCGCAGUUCUUGUUGGCUUGAGGAGGCAAUCGAAGAUGAGUGUCCAAGGAGAAUGAAGACUAAACAGAUGGGAAAGCAGAACAUUGUCACAUCUUAAAACUUGUUGGGUCUCACAAUACCUCGAAGGGUGCCCAUUGCAGUGACGUCAGUAUGUCUGCUAUGGCUCCAAUUACCCACAAUUUUCUCUACAAUCUUUGCUUUUUAAUCAGAGCUGAAAAUUCCUUUUUUAACGAGCUGGAAGAUUGAAAAAGAACUGAUGUUUGCCCCAAUGCAAAAACUUACGCGGAUUUGAUCACAAGGAUGCGUCCGGACGGUCCGAACACACGGAGUGAGAGUGGCUGCGGACCAGGGUUACCAGAGCGAAUGAAGUUCAAGAUCGCCGGAACGUAUAUUGUCUAUUAUGAACUACUUUUGCCACAGAACGAAAAACCCAGUGGCACCCCGACGACAUUAUGUUGGAGUCAUUUCAAAGGGAAUCAUCCAGUUGAUCUUGUAGGUGAAACAGAAUUAAUUGUGCAAUCAGAGAAAACGUGUAUCAUAGGGUCUGCUCAGAUGAGCGGCCAUUUUGUUUGUUCACCGAGCAGCCAUUUUGAGAAAAAUGGCAGUUUAGAUUUCGUUGUAUGUAAAGUGCGAUGUCAUUGUGAUGCAUAUAAAGAGUCUCUUGUCCAAAAUAGUGACAAGCUCGACCUUUUAAAAUAAAUGUUAUUUCAUAAAAUCUAUAUCAAUUAUAAUUAUUAUUAUUUUGUCAUCAAAGGCAACGAGACAAAGAUUGUUUUGUGGUUUGAUAAGUUGUCACCUCAGAGUUCAAAACACUUUAAGAGAAAAGCCCAGCAAAAUGAAAACAUUAAUUUGAAAACCUUUUGUAUUUGUAUUUGUCGAUUUUGUUUAUUGAGUGAAUGUACCGUCAGAUGUAGGUCAACCAGAACACUUUUGUUUAGUUUGUUGAGUUAAAAUCAUAAGUUGCAGCACCGAAAAGGGCUAGGGUCGAAAAGUAUUAAAUUAACUUACAAAUCCCCAUUUCUGUCUUGUUUUCACAGGACUCUGGAAAUGUUGAGUUUAUUUACCACACAUGAGUGGUUGGGCGAAAGCACAAACAACAUUCUGUAUUCCCCGAUGUAAAUUGAACAUCUAUUAAACUACUUACUGUCUUCCUUGUUUGAAAUUCUAGAGAUUUUUCAACAUUUAUGUCGGUCAUUCUCACUGCAGCCUUUAAAGGGAAGGUUUGUCAACGUUCGGUAAUCACUCUUAAAGCCAUUGGACCCUUU